UUUUCUGAACAAAAACGUCAACAGACAACAGCUGAUUUUCUAACCUCAAAUUCGUCAAAACAAUUUAAUUAGAAAUUAUUAUACAAAUGUUUUUAUCACUAUAAAUAAAUGCAUAUGUAUUUUAUAAAAUGAGAUCUAAAAUCAUUAAUCGUCGUAUUUUUUCCGCAACGAACAAUCCAUGCCGAAAUCUAUAUAAUACACCUCGAGUAAGAUUCGCUCCGAGUCCGACUGGUUAUUUACAUCUCGGAGGCCUGAGGACAGCUUUAUACAACUAUUUGUUUGCUAAAUCUCGUCAAGGAUCCUUCGUGUUACGUAUUGAGGAUACUGAUCAAAAACGAAAGGUAGCGGGCGCUGUAGAAUUAUUAAUAAAGGAUUUGAAAUGGGCUGGGAUCGAGUUAGAUGAAGGUCCUGGAAUGGAGGGAAAAUACGGGCCUUAUGUGCAAAGUGAGAGAUUGCAGAUUUACAAAGAACACAUAAACAAAUUAUUAGACAACGAGUCAGCCUACCGCUGCUUUUGCACAGAACGGAGGCUGAACAUGCUGAGAAGAGAUGCAAUGAAACAUCAGAGAGUGCCAAAGUAUGACAACCGCUGUAGGAACCUUACUGAGCUCGAAGUUAAGGAAAAGAUCAAAAAUGGGAUUCCAUAUUGUAUAAGAUUUAAGUUGUCAUCAGACUGUCAGUCAUUCGAGGAUAUGAUCUUUGGCGGGAUAGCCUACGACGUGUCCAUGAACGAAGGGGACCCGGUCCUCAUGAAAAGCGACGGCUACCCUACGUACCACUUCGCGAAUGUAGUUGAUGAUCAUUUGAUGGAAAUCACACAUGUAUUGAGAGGUGUAGAGUGGCAGAUUUCUACUACAAAACAUUUACUGAUUUACAGGGCUUUCGGCUGGUCUCCACCGCAAUUCGGCCAUCUCCCACUUAUCAUCAACAGCGACGGGACCAAACUCAGCAAAAGACAGGGCGACGUUACUGUAGAGGAUUACAAGAAAAAAGGUACAUUUCCCCUGGCGCUGGUGAAUUAUAUAACCUUGUCUGGAGGUGGGUUUGAGCACGUGCCGGGAGCUGGCGUCACUCUCAAGACUAUGGACGAGUUGGGGAGUGAGUUUCAAAUCAAUAAGAUCUUAUCGCACCCCAGCCGGCUAAACCCUGACCUUUUGCAAGAAUGCAAUAGAUUAGAAAUUAAAAGACAGUUAAAAGAACCCCAUUUGUCUCAGAUAUUAGUUAACAAGGUCCAAAAACUAGUUAAAGAGAAAUUCCCGAACGAAAACAUGAAUAUAAGUGACGACCACGUGAGGAAUGUAUUAAAUUGGGCCACAGCACGUGUGUCGAAUAUAGAUGAACUGGUAUCAACAAAAUUUGGUUUCCUAUGGAUUUUGCCAUCGAGUAAAAUAGAUCUGGAUAAAGAAUUAUUAGAAAAACUAUUGAAGAAUCUGGAGAACUUUGAAAAGUUUGAACAGGAUCUAUUGAAGAAUAAUCUUAGGGAGUUUUCAGUCAACAAUAAUGUUAAGUUCCCUGUGCUGAUGAAGAUGUUGAGAGGAGUGUUAAGUGGACUUGGUGAAGGGCCGGGAGUGGCUGAAAUGAUGCAUUUGUUAGGCAAGGUACAGUCGCUCGAGAGAAUAAAGGCGGUUUUGAGGUAAA